GGCUUUUCAGCUUUGAUAGUUGAGGAAGGCACAGGUGUCCCUCCGUUCAUAAUUUCAUCACGAGCGGUUACCUGGGAAAAACACUGGCUUUCCGUAAGAAAGCUGGAUGGCUUCCUCACAUGAAGAAUUCAACGCCCCGAGUGAGGCUCGAACCUACAAUAGGUUCAGUGUUUCUGACAUUCCCCAACUUGAGAACAUCAGACAACGCCUUAGAGAAGAAUCUGAAGACAGAGCCAUUCAAACGAUGUCUAUUAUAUACAGUAGAACAAUGGAUUCAUUAACUAUUGAUGUUUUUCCCCACCUCAACAACGUGAGAACACGCCUUAGGGAAGAAUCUGAAAACAUGGUCGUUCAAAUGGAAGAACUUCAACUGUUUGAAUGUCUCGCAAACAGUGUCGAAUUCACCUUAUCCAGACUGCAAGAUCAUAACAGUGGCAACGGCAAGGUUAAAUCAUCAAGCACUAUCAGAUAUUACAAAACAUCAGAAAAUAUAGAGACAAGCGUGGUAGACCUUCUAAAGAAACACCCCAAACAGUUACAGCCUGUAUUAAAUAUCCUUGUAGAUAAUGUGCAUAUGCAAGAAGAGCCUAAAGACCAUGAACAGCGUUUGUAUGAAAUGGUCAUCAGAGAUUGCAGAAUGGGGUAUAACUACCAGAUUUACGUUAAAUUAUUUCUCUAUGCAGCUGCUACUUGCAUAAAUACCCCAAUUUACAUAUUAGAAGUAAAUGAAAUCGGAGAUUUACAAUGGACAUACUAUCAACCGUUAUUCGGGUUUGAAGAACAACCAAGGUGUGUCAUUAAGUAUUUGACGAUGUACAUGACACAAACGAAGACUUUCUACAGAAUUGAGCAGCAUGAUUUGUCGGCUCCAGCACCAAUUGCAACUGGUAUUCUUGGAAUGUACUUAAAGAUGUUAAAAGCGAAUUGUUUAGGGUACUUGGACUAAUACAGGUGGAAGACUUUCGUAGCAUGGCUGCACACAGAGCUUCUAUGGACACAUUUCUACGUCUUAGUGCGAACUCAUCAGAUGCAUUUCAAGUUGUGUGUCAGGUUUUGAUAAGCCGACGGGAGAAGACUAUUCUUGCACCGUACGUAGGCAGAUGGGAAUCUUUCGUGUCAUCUUGCGAUUAUUUGAGGCAGUUUCAAGCUCUUGUUGCCCUUGAUAAUGCUAUUUAUAGUAGAAACGUGGCAGUUAUAGCUUUUGGAAAUUCCUGUCUUAGCGGAGGUAGAGAACUCGACGAGAGAAGGAAAAAGGUAACUACUGCAGUGAUCUCAAGUUCUUCGCUUGGAAUUGUAUCUGGCGGACUCAUCAUUGCUGGGAUUGUCCUAGCACCAGUUAGUUUUGGAUCUUCGUUAGGUCUUAGUAUUGCUGGAGGGACUAUAGGUAUUGGUGCAGGUGUAGCAGCGGGUACAGCUAGGACAGUGGAAGCUGUUAAACAAAACGAAACAAUGACAAUUAUAAGGACACAACAGGCAAAGAUACAAGAGAAGGAAAAUGAUGUAGCAGAUUCAAUUCGGGACGUAGAAAAUGUCUUCCAGAUAUUUAUUAGAAAUGAUCAAGAUGCAGAAAAUGAGGAAUUAGGAAGAAGUCGGCGAGGAUUUCUUGCUGUUGGUUCAGCACUGAGAGCUACACAUGGAGGAUUUGGAAUAGCCCUUGCAGCAACACGAUUGGCAGCUUCCGCAGCUACAGUUUCUGCCGCUGUUUUAGGACCUUUGUCACUUGUAUUAGAUAUCGCUUUCCUUACAGAAGCCGCAUAUAAUAAGGCAAAGGGCGAUAAAACAAACGCAGGAGAAAAGUUACAGAGCAUAGGAGAAACGAUGGGAACCAAAUCUAAAAUAUUCAACAGUAUCCUGCGUGGAAACUUUGAUGUGGAGAGUAGAAUGUUUCAAGACAAUUAGGCGGAUGUACGCACUGUCAGUUUUCUAAACAUGCUACUUUGUUUGUUUGUAGCACACCUAUUGACUUAUAACCUGCUAAAUUUCUAAAUUCAUUAGAGAUGUGUUCACUGAACAUUUACUGACUGAAAAGCGAAUAGUGCUUACUAAGAUCAGCCUACAUUGGUCGAAAAGGUGGAAUCAAUUGCCACCAGCAGGCUAAAUGUUAGAUCUUAAAUGAUUUGCAUCAGCUGUUAGUACAAGAAACGUCUGUCCAAAAGUCACCAUUUCCAAGAAUGCGAUCACAUUUGACUGUAAGCAUGUUCUAAAGAGAUUGUAAUGAUAAUUUUGACGACCAUUUGUGACCUUGAAUAGAGGAUCCUCAGGGGUCUAUAUUUCUUUUUCCAGAACUAAAUUCAACCAAAUUUGGCAGUAAAUAUUGUGUAGUACUUGGAAUUCAAAACUGUACAAGUGAAAAAAUACGGCUGUACCUAUCUUUAGUAAGUACUGACUCUCAUACUUGCGGAUGACAUUGUGGGUCGGAUAACAGUAUAUCAUACAUUAAAACAUUUGAGGUUAGUUAGUGAACCUCCCUGGAAAUAAGUGGAGACAAAUAUUGUAAAUGGUGGAAGUGUGGGGUAGCCGAGUGCCCAUAUUUGUCAUUGCUGACCAGAUAGGUCACUGAAAACCCACUUACUGUAAGCCUAACCCGACAUGAAAAUCUACUGAACCUCAACAGAAAUAAGUUUAGGUGGUCUCCAUGUAACCACCUUUUGACCAGUGAAAAUACUAAAAUCGUGCAGGAGGUAAAACAAAGACAACUUAAUAUUCAAACGGACUUUUGAGCGACUGUAUGUCUGAAAGUGAACACAAAGCAGCAAAUAUUACUGUUAUCAAAACGGGAUCAUCAACGUCCUCGUCAAGUUUUAUGACAACAGAGGUCUUGAGAUUAUGUAUCUUUCAUAGAUGUUUUUGUGACAGGCACUUCCCGGCUCUAUUUACUUAUUUAGAUGCGACUGGACCUGAAAUGGCAAAAAAGGCUAAAAGUGUAUUAAUUCGCCAUUUUACAGAUAUAGUCAGCCACACUGUAAUGUAUUUUUCAAACUUUUUUAUAUUAGCACUUAUCAUGCUGGACACGAUUGAUUCUACCUUUGCAAAAAGUGCAGAUCAUGACCAGACUGAACGUAUGUCCAACGCUGUAAGAACACAUCUGCGGAUUUUUGGUAUUUGUAAAAUGUACUAAUGCCAAGUCCUGUUUAACCCGGGUUUAACCCUUGUCAUGCUGGACACGAUUAAUUCUGCCUUUGCGACCAAUGUAGAUCAUAAUCAGACUGCAGUCUGAUCAUAACCUUCACUGUUCGCCAUUCAGCUAGUAUCUUUUUGGUAUGCACCCAUUUUACUAGUUAAUGGUACUGUCAUAAUCAAAAGGUGGUAAAGUUCAUAAUAGAAAUAGAAUCAUAGCAGCUCUAGGUGACUGGACGGUUGGCAGUGCAUGGUGAAAAUCCUGGUGCUAAGAAAAAAAUGUUAGCUCAAAUAAACUUUUCUAUGGAUUGAGAAGCCAGUCUAUAACACCUAACAUGUCAUGUGAGUACCAAAGCAACAGUUUCUGUUAUGAUAUUAAAUCCAUUUAAUCAUGAGCAUUAUAUUGUCGUUUAAAACAUGCAUUAGCCCAGUUUCGCUUUUUUCACUAGCACUAUUUCCUUCUGAACAACUUGCACUAGCAUAUCCUUCUGAACAACUUUCACCAGCACUAUUUCCUUCUGAACAACUUGCACUAGCACAAUUAGCACAAUAUCCUCCUGAAAAAAAAAUUCACUAGCACUAUUUCCUUCUGAACAACUUGCACUAGCAGAAUUUCCCCUGAAAAUCUCAGCCAGAACAAUUGCUUUAAGAACAACUCGGACUAGCCCAAUUUUCUUCAGAACAACAUGCACUUGCACAAUUUUCUUCAGAACAACUCGGGCUAGCCCAGUUUCCUUCAGAACAACUCGCACUAGCACAGUGUCCUUCAGAACAACUCGCACCAGCCCAAUUUCCUUCAGAACAACUCGGGAUUAGUCAAAUUUCCUUCGGAAGACUCGCACUAGCACGAUUUCCGUUAGAACAACUCGUACUAGCACAAUUUCUUUCUGAACAACUAAACUAACUCAAUUUCCUUCUGAACAACUUUCACUAGCACAAUUAUUCUUCUGAACAACUUCCACUUGCACAAUUUCCUUCCGAACAACUCGGACUAACACAAUUUCGUACUUAACAACUUGCACUAGAACAAUUUCCUUCUGAACAACUUGCACUAGCACGAUAUCCUUCUGAACAACUCGGACUAGCAAAAUGUCGUACCUAACAACUUGCACCCGAGAUUGAAUAUGGUAUAUGUAGACUUAAGCACUUAGAAGAGAGUAGAGAAUGAGCUCCAUUGUCUUUUAAAUUGCUAGUUUUCUCUAACUUUAGGUAUACUUCUUUUCUAACUAUUCAAUUUUACAUUAACUAAACUAUUAUUAGCGGGUACUUUUGACAAAAAAUAAACAUUCGUGUUUUGUAUAAUAUGCUUUUCAAUUAUGUAAUCAUCUGGUACCACGACAAUAGGUGACCAGUUGUAUUACAUAUUAUAGUAUUUAGGAAUUUAUUAAGUAGUCACAAAAAUAGAAAUCAAAGUGUACACGUGUGUAACAGUUAUUGUGUAUGUAACAGGAAUAAAUUUUAAUAACUUUGUAUAUCACUAGUACAUGUAUGAUAAGUACAUGUACUUGAUUAUUAAAUAUUAUGUACUUGACUAUUAAAAAGUCCUGGUUCUGGAAAAAAAAGUAUAGGAACCACUGCCUUAACCUUGAUUGACCGUAAGAGGCGACUAACAGGGUCUAACACUUUAUUUUGCUGUAUUUCUGUGAUUCCAGCAGGUAUAAAAGUUUUCAUUCCAUACCUUAU